AUGACGGUCAGGGAAGCCUCCCAUGCGGGUUCAUGGUACUCCGGCAAUGGCAGACAACUCGCAACCCAACUGGACCUCUGGCUGUCGAAAGUCCCCGAGAAGGAUAUUCUGCCUGGAGUCGAGAAACUACCCUUACCUGGUGCAAGAGUGGUGAUAUCUCCCCAUGCCGGAUACGCAUAUUCUGGCCCUUGUGCAGCAUGGGCGUACAAAUGUCUGGAUCUCUCCAAAGCCAAGCGCAUCUUCAUCCUCCAUCCAUCCCAUCACCACCAUCUAAGCACGGCGGCCCUACCAGUUGUGGACGCAUACGAGACUCCUCUGUCCGAAACACCCCUCCCUCUCGAUCACGAAACCAUCAAACACCUGUCCAGCCUGUCGACCACCGUACAAGGCCGCACGGUGAAGUUCACCACCAUGUCCCAAUCGGUCGACGAGGCGGAGCACAGCGCCGAAAUGCAACUGCCAUAUAUCCACCGGCUGCUGCAGAAACUCUAUCCUGACCAGUCCGAGUCCUCGUAUCCCCCUCUAGUGCCGAUAAUGGUGGGCGGGACGAAUGCCGCGACGGAGGAAGCUCUGGGAAAGAUGCUGGCACCAUAUAUCGCAGACGAGGAGAACGCCUUUGUCAUCUCAUCCGACUUCUGUCACUGGGGUAGUAGGUUCGGGUAUACAUACUACGUCCGGGACGCACCGAGUCCGGCCUUGUCGCCGCUGAUGCUUCCGAACGGUGUACGAGGAGAAUUUACCACGGCGAAAGGGUCGACCAAUGAAGAUGUCCACAAGAUGCCGACGCUGGGCCAAGGGGAGGAGCUCAGGUCAAACAGCAAAAUCCCAAAGGAGGGCCCUCAGAUAUAUGAGAGCAUAGCACAUGUGGACAGGGCCUGUAUGUGCGCCAUUGCCACGGGGAAGCAUUCGGAGUUCCUUGGUGUUCUUAGGGAAACGGGAAACACGAUUUGUGGCAGACACCCCAUCGGAGUGUUCAUGGCUGGUGUGGAAGAAAUUGAGCGGUUGGAGAGGGAGAAGAGCCAGAACGAGGCUGCGAACGCGAAUACUGAUCCGACCAGAAGGAAAUUCCGCUUCAUGAGGUACGAAAGGAGCAGUGACGCCGUGAAUGUCCGGGACAGCAGUGUCAGCUAUGUCAGCGCAUUUGCGGUACUUUGA